AUGUCCAGCGAGCUCACAUGCGCUCCAGAAUCAAAGGCCGCGGGCUCUGAGACGCCUGAACGGACCGCGACGAACCCGCCAACGACUCCAGAACCGCCGGAACUCGCCCAUGAUCUCCCUAUUACCGGUCGUCUCUCGAUUCAGGUCACGGCCGCGCGCGAUUUGUCACUUCCGCCCAACACAAAGCUCCCCGAGGCGAUUGCAAAAAUGGUCAACUCGCAGCAAGCACAACUCGCCGCGUCCAUCACUGCUUCCUCCAUCUCCUCUCAGAGAGCCAAGCCGGGUCACAAGCCACGGGACAGCGUCCAGCGCGAACAGAGCUGGUGGCUACCGUACGCCCUCCUCGAGUUUGAUGUCAACGAGGUUCUAAUCGACCCUCUCGGCGGAAGCAUUCAGAGUCCAGUCUGGAUGUACAAUGCUCAUUUUGACAUCUCGCGAACAGCGGAUAUUUCCUUACGCAUUUACUUGCGUACAGAAGCCAUUGCUGGUCAAUCUGGCAAGAAUGAUCCUUAUAUGGGUUCCGUCAAGAUUGUUCCGGACUUUAACAAGUUGGCAAGUUCUUGGCUAUCCGCAAAUAUCAUCGACCAGUGGUAUGAUGUUGUUGGUGGUACCGGACAAGUUCAACUGAGCAUCACAUAUCGUCCUUCAGUCCGUCAAUCCCUGACGAUCGACUCCUUUGAACUUCUCAAAGUCAUUGGCCGUGGUUCAUUUGGCAAGGUGAUGCAAGUUCGUAAGCGUGACACUGGUCGUAUCUACGCCCUCAAGACUAUUCGCAAGGCCCAUAUUGCCGAAAAGGGAGAAGUCACCCAUACGCUCCAUGAGCGUCUUGUUCUCACAAAGGUGUCAUCGCCCUUUAUCGUUCCCCUAAAGUGGAGCUUCCAGUCCGAGUCCAAACUCUAUCUCGUCCUCUCCUACGUUAACGGAGGAGAGCUGUUCCACCACUUGCAGCGAGAGCAAAAGUUCAACGAAGAACGCUCUCGAUUCUAUGCCGCCGAACUUUUACUGGCACUCGAACAUCUUCAUUCUCUCAACAUUGUGUAUCGUGAUCUCAAGCCCGAAAAUAUUCUAUUGGACAUGUCCGGCCACUUGGCACUAUGCGACUUUGGCCUCUGCAAGAUUGAUAUGACAUCUUCAGACAAGACCAACACCUUCUGCGGCACACCAGAGUAUCUCGCACCUGAAGUCCUGAAGCACAUUGGUUAUGAUAUGCGGGUGGACUGGUGGACGUUUGGUGUAUUGCUAUAUGAAAUGCUCGCAGGGCUCCCGCCCUUCUAUGAUGAAAACACAUCCGAAAUGUAUCGUAAAAUAUUACAAGAACCUCUUCGAUUCCCUGAAGAAAUGGGCUCUGAUGCACGCAACCUGAUCACUCGAUUGCUCAACCGUGAGCCGGAAGGGCGUCUGGGAUCCAAUGGUGCAGAGGAGAUUAAGAAGCACGCCUUUUUCAAGACGAUCGAUUUCAAGAAACUGCUCGCCAAGCAGAUUCAACCUCCAUUCAAGCCCAAUGUCAAAUCUGCCGUCGACUGUAGUAACGUGGAUGAAGUGUUCACCUCGGAGGACCCGGUCGACUCUGUCGUCGAAGGCUCGAAGAUUUCGCAGACGGUCCAGAACCAGUUUAUCAACUUCAGCUAUACGAACCCGAACGACCUGGGGACCAGCCCUACCGCCGUCCACUAA